ACAAUACAUAUACAUUCAUACGUAUACAUGGGUGGCAGUUGAGGCGAUGUACGUAUGUAUGUAUGUAUGUAUACGAGAUCAUGUUGCGUACACACGGGCAUAGACAAGAUGACAUACGCCCUCACCCACCCCGCACCACCCACCGCACAUACUCAUGAAUGACCGACAGGCUGGCAGCCAGAUGAUGGUAUGAUCGUUGGUUGUGUGUCUGUGUGUUGGUUGCUGUGUGGCUGCCUGCCUGUCUCUCGCCUCUCUCCCUGCCUGUCUGUCUGUCCGGUCGCUUGCACCACCAAUCACGCCACCACCCCUCUCUCUAUCCACGCGCCCGUCUCUCUGUCUGUCUGUGUCUGUCUGUCCGCCUGCCUGUCUGCCUGCCCGUGCGUGUCUCGGUGUCUCGUUGCCUGCCUGCUUGCCUGUCAAUCUAUCUAUCUUCCAUGGCUAUUGGCCAUCAAUGUACAUGUGUCUGUCACAGGUGGGAGCACUAUGGAUAUUUUGGACGCCUUCUACGGACGAGUCGCGAACGUCCCCGAGUGCCCGUCGGACAGCGGCGUCACCGACUGCGGCUCGCCAUCCGGACUCCUGCAGAAACUCAAAGACCAGUACGUUUCUCACGCACUCAUUUUGCGAAUCCUUAUCUUGUGUGUGUGUGUGUGUCGUGUGUUAGGUGUGACGGCCAGGGCAGCUGCACAGUGAAGGCCGACCCAGAGGAGCUGGGGGACGAGUGCCCGGGGGUCGAGAAGUACCUCACCAUCGACUUCAGAUGCAACUGACGGCCUCUCGUCUUAGUGAGGGUGUGCGUCUAUGUCGGUGUGUCUGCGUUUUGUCACGUGACGCCUAUGUGUGAUAUGUUUGAUUCGCCGGUUAAAUUGAUAGUGUGCGUGUGUCGCAUAUAACUACGGCCGGCGUUACUAUGCAUGUAUGCUAAAGGAAGGGCUCUGCGCGUGUUUUCAUCUCAUCUGUGGGUUUCUCUGUGUGUGAGCGGAUGUGUGGGUUUCUAUGUGUGGGAGCGAAUGUGUGGGGCUAUCUGUGUGUGAGCGGUGGGUGGGUGCACGGCGCGUGUAGUCAUAGCCAUAUAACUCACAUACACUUACAGUGUUCCACGUGCGCUUCCCAUUCGUCAUUCCCGACUGGGAAGCGCCCGUUGUAGUCGUCUUUUGGUUUCAUUAACAUCGUCGUCCGUUUCCUUUUGGCAAUGGGUCAGACAGAGGGAGAAUAUGUCUGUCGCUCGCUUCUGCGCAUGUAUGUCGAUUUUAUGGUGUGAAGUACGUCGAAGCUAAGGAUAUACAUACAAGGACGAAGCUAUUGCAUGGAGGGGCUGCGGCCACCUUUUGGCCAAAUGCGG